AUGGGUGGCCCAGCUAAUUCCGAAUCGGCAUUCUUUCCACCUGUGAAACUGUCGCCCGAUUUCCUUACUGCGUACAAUACGAAUGAUCCAUUCGCAACUUCGAUAGCGAACGAGAACGAACAAAAAUCUUUGAUGCAGUCUAUCAAUGCGGAUGAUAUCGUGAAAACCGCGAAAAAGAACUACACAUUGGAAGACUGUCAAAUAGCCUACCAUGCCACCACUAAUUCACUCAUGCAGGUACGUAACUUACAUCGCUUUUGGGACACUAGCUGUUUGUGA